AUGUUCUUCUCUACCGAACUGUUGUCCAAGAGGGACAGCGGAUUUGGCCUUCUUUGGCUAGCUGCAACCCUUGGCUCGAAAUCGGCUUUUAAGAAAUUACCCAAGCGCUCCGUGUUGACUGCAGAUAUCUCUCAAUUGUGUGAUCUGAUUGCUUCCCCUUCGGAACCUCUGGCUCUUCGCCUCUCAAGUAACCUGAUGCAAGAACUGUUUCUUUCUGAUGUCACGACUUGCUUCAACUCCCUAAAGCGAGUCGUGCAAGAGUUCCGUUCGAUGGCUGCGUCAGAAGCCCAUCUUCAAAUGGCUCAGCCAAGCGUGAGGCCAUCGGCUGUUACCCUUGCUACCGAUCCUGGCGCUGCAUUUGCCAUAGAUUUUGACGCAAUGGUCGCUGUACACAACAAGGAAGGAGCGGAAGAGGGUUCAUCCGAUGAUGAGUACAACCCAAAAGCCAAGAGAUCGAAAGGAAAGGGUAAGCAGUCUGCAGUUGCACCAGCAUCCACCGCGGAAAAUACCCGCGCCAGCGCGCAUACACUCAACGAAAAUCACGACCUCUUCCUCGCCAAUUCUUUUGAUGCCUCAUUUGGCGGCAGUGGCGCCAACAUAAUUCUAUCUUCCCAGAAUGAUACUUUCGGCUUCGACGAUAGCUUCUUCGGCGCUUUUGAUGGCCUCGAUAUUGGGGAGGGCGUUGGGGAUGACCUCGUAAGGGAACUUGGUGAAGGCUGGGGAGGAGCCGCCUUGGAGAAUCAAGUCGAGUCUGCCCUUCCACCCUCUUCGUCCUCCAUUGGAUACUCUCUCGAAUCUCCUUCUGGUCCUUUGGCUGUAAUUGCCCCGCAGGUCGAAGAGAUCGACUCCGUUGUACCUGAUGAUAAUCCAGCGGAACCCGCACCAUCUAGGAAGAUCAAACGCGCCAGGAUUCUUUUAGAUGUGCGAACGGAGUUGACAGAUGACGAAUUGAAGGCUUCACGUCUGUAUUAUCUGGAAGAACAGAAUGGCAUUCAUCGACAACUCGCGCGGAAGAAUUUUGAGAAGGAUCAAAGCAGGCUCAUUGACGGUUUGCUUUGGGCUAUUCCAGAAUACAUGCAAGCCAAAGAAUUAGUAGACUUUUGGUUGGAUCAUUUCAAAGCACAAUUGGACGCUCGAUCUCCAUUUAUGAUUGAACCCCAUGUCUCUGGCGGAGCCGAGUAUGUCCAAGAUCGCACUAGAAGUCCUGCAUUUGGUGUAGGCCAGGCAAGCCCAGAUCACAUGGAUUUUGAUGCGGGUAGAGCGGAUAUUGACAUGAAUUUUGAAAUGAAUUUCGACAUGGACGACGCAGGACCAGAAUUGAAUCAUCUUCGCUCGUCCGAGGAACCGGGACAAGCACGUCACGCCUCACGCCCUACGUCCAUACUGGGAGACGAAUUUGGCCUAGAUAUCGUGCAGAACUCCGUUUCUCAGCGCAGUGCACUCUUCCCUUGGGACAAUGCGGGUGGAAGUUCCUCGGUAUCUGGUGCGGUACUCCUAGGUCGCCAUAGCAGUGACAAAAUCAGUGUUGACCACGCCGAGACUCGCCUGAGGGGCAGCUCGUUGAGCCGACGAGGAAGUUCUAUUCCAAGUCAGCAAGGCGACGUAUUUGGUGGUGCCGGAGGUUUCUCUGCGAGCCCUCAAAUAAUCGAUGACGAUUUUGUAUUCAACGGCAAUUCUGUGGCCGAAUCCCAAUUGUCCGAGGUCAAUAUGGCCACCCUCGAGAGAAAUUCCUUCAACUUCCUUGAAUACGCUAAGAUGCAAUAUAAAUCGCUGUCUGGGUCUGCUCGAUUUCUCGCUUUCGACGAUGUCGUACCACAGACCACCAGUACCGCACACGUCGCGGCAGCAGCACUUUACCACUGCCUUGUGUUAGGCACGAAAGACCUGAUCCGACUUCGUCAAGAAGAGGCAUACGGAACCAUUGAGAUCCGUAUCAAGUGA